UCCGGGUUUUGGAAAGAGCAGCUGAGAAAGGGAUGUCCUCCGUAUUUGAUUACCUACACUGUUCUCAUCGAGUUAGUCUGCAGGCACUGUGGAGCAGUACGUGCUAUGGAAGUAUUGGAAGAUAUGACUACUGAGGGCUGUUACCCUGAUAUUGUUACCUACAAUUCGCUUGUUAAUUUCACUUGUAGACAAGGGAAAUAUGAGGAUAUAGCUGUGGUCAUUUACAAUGUAUUUUCUCAUGGAUUGGAGCCCAAUGCUGUAACUUACAACACACUCCUCCAUUCUCUCGGUAGACGUGGGUGUUGGGAUGAAGUAGAUAAGAUUCUUGCAAUCAUGAAUGAAACCUCUCAUCAUCAGACAGUGAUCACUUAUAACAUUUUGAUCAAUGGUUUGUGUAAAUAUGGGCUUCUGGAUCGUGCCAUCAACUUUUAUAAUCAAAUGGUUUCCAAGAAUUGUUUGCCUGAUAUUAUAACUUAUAAUACUCUCCUAGGUGCUCUUUGUAAAGAGGGAAUGGUAGAUGAAGCUCUUCAAUUACUUCACUUGUUGAACGGCAGUUAUUGUUCUCCUGGUUUGAUCACCUAUUAUACCGUGAUUAAUGGGUUGGCUAAAAAGGGUUCUAUGGAGAAAGCAAUGGGAUUAUAUGGUCAAAUGAUGGAGAAUGGGAUCAUUCCUGACGAUAUUACUCAUUAUUCUUUGAUUUGGGGGUUUUGCCAGGCAGAUCUAGUUGAGGAAGCAGUAGAGAUACUGAGGGAGAUGGGUAAAAGAGGCCAUAGGGUCAGAAAUAGUGCUUACAAGAUGAUCAUCCAUGGAUUAUGUAGAAGUAAGAAGCUGGAUAUGGCAAUACAAGUUCUAGAAUUAAUGAUCUCAGGUCGAUCCAAGCCAGAUGUAGCAACUUAUUCCUCUAUACUGAAAAGUGUAGCCGAAGGUGGAAUGGCAGAAGAGGCUAACAAGUUGUGUCGAAAGUUGAUAGAAUGGAAGGUUCUUAAAGAAGGUACCACAUUGGAUUGAAGAAGUGUUUAAGCAAACUUCAAUCUUGUUAGAUGCUUUCUGUAAUGUUGACAUUAGUGUUUUGCUGAAAGGUUUACAAAAUAUACGUUCUGAAAAUGUGUUUUCCCCCAUCUUUAUUCAAUUUUUGCCUAUUCACCCAUUUGCAAUUGCAAUUGUUCCAUCUGCAGAAGCAGCCACUCCCACAAAAUCCAUAAUUAAGUCAUUCUUUUGAUCAGGAAUAUGAUGUUAGCUGCUUUUCUACCACGUCGAGAUAGACAUUCCAUUUAAAUGACUCGAACAUUUUCGAUCGGGUGUUUUAACUGAAUGUUGUAUACUUUCAUUUUGAGCUAAAUUUUAUAAUGGCAAGGGAAUAUUUUUGGGCUCAUUGACAUGUUAUUACGCAGAAAAAAAUUUACAAAGAAAUAAUUUUUGACAAAUUAUUUCCCUCAGGACAGGGGGAUAACGAAGGUGGUGGUAGAGAAGUGUUGUUGGAAAUAAAAGAAAUAGAUAGAUAAACAGAUGCAUGGACAAUGAGAUCAAUAUUAGAAAGAAGCCAUACAAACCAGUAAGAAUAGUAUGUGAAAGUUUUUGUGUUGCACGUUCUCAUUUGCUUGGCUGGUUACAGGGAUGUUUAAAAAAUCCCGGAAACCGGACCAAAACGGAACAGGAAAUUCGGUUUGGGAAAAUGCUUGAACUGGUUUUUCGAUUCGGUUAUCGGUUCAAGGGAUUUUCCAAACCGGUUAACCAAAAGUGGUUUCAAAAUAAAACCCUAAGUAUAUACCUAAUUCUUACUGCUAACUUACUAACUUAGACUUGUCUGAAUUGAUUCCAUUUAGUUUACACCUUUAACCUUUCUUUGUCAUCGGCGAAUGGUGAUAACCACGAUCCGCAACAACCAUGAGUCCAUGAAUGGGGACGGCGAACAACACUUCAGUGCUUAUGGCGAACGAUGCUUCAGUGAACGGCACUUCAGUUCUUCAGUCCUCAGCUGCUCCAUGACCACUAGUCCACUGCCGAUUCAACAAUGACUUUCUUAUGAUGGUUAUUUUGUCUUCUAAAUCUGCUGCGUAGAGAUUCAUAUGUUAAUCUGGGUUGGUUGAUGGUUCAGUCGGCACUCCAAUGCCUUCAGCUUCUUGUGCUUUUGUUGGCUUACAUUUUAAUUGCAAUAUAUGAGUUGUAUCCGAAAAGAGUGUAAAUAUUACUCUCAGAAGUCAGAUCCUACUGGAGCAAAAUGAAGGCUUGGCAUGUCUGCAUCAUUUGGAAACUUAAUGGCAAAAUGUUGGAACUCUGCAAAGGAAAAAAUGGAAACAUUUUUAAAUCUACAGUUGCUUUUUUUUUUUUUCUUCUAAA